AGCUUGAAUAGAGUGCCAGCAGCAGCUCCGGCAUUUGCAUUUGAUGCAGACUUUCAGCAGACUUCAAUCGGCGAGCCACAGCACCGCGGAUGAACUUAAACUUUACCAAACUUUAUGGUUCAACGGUUGAACUAUCGAGGAAAACGUAACACAGUGCGGUUACUGUAUAUUGUGUAUCCAAAUAGGAAAAACAGUUAGACACUGAUAUUGAAAGAAAAUUAGUUGCUCUGAAUUUAAAAAGUUGAGACGGAACUAGGUUUUGUGGCGGAUUAGUACGGAACAAUAAACUACCGGUGCGCAGUGCGGCGCUUAGCUCGAGUCAGGGCGACGAGUGCGCUUCAAGUGUUUGACCCAGAGAUGCUCGUGCGCGGAUUUUAAUGAGCAAUAUUUCAUAUUUAGUGUUAUAACGCGCGCAGCACCGUUAUUUGGAGCGUCGUGGACAAAGUUGUUUUUGUUUAUUUGUCCAAACCAGCGGAUUCCUCGACACUGGACGGACUACUUAACUGAACUCAAGAUGUCAAUUUUGCCUUUCACUCCCCCCAUCGUCAAAAGACUUUUGGGCUGGAAGAAGGGAGAACAGAACGGCCAGGAGGAGAAGUGGUGUGAAAAAGCGGUAAAAAGUCUGGUGAAGAAGCUGAAGAAGACGGGGCAGUUGGAUGAACUCGAGAAAGCUAUCACCACACAGAGCAUCAACACAAAAUGCAUCACUAUACCAAGGUCUUUGGAUGGUCGUCUGCAGGUCUCCCACAGAAAAGGUCUACCUCAUGUCAUCUACUGCCGACUGUGGCGUUGGCCCGAUCUGCAGUCUCACCACGAGCUGCGAGCGGUGGAGCUGUGCGAAUACGCCUUCCACACAAAGAAAGAUGAAGUGUGUGUUAACCCAUACCACUACCUAAGGGUAGAAACACCAGUUCUGCCCCCGGUGCUCGUGCCCAGACACACUGAAAUCCCCAGUGAGUUUCCUCCUCUGGAUGACUACAGCCAUUCAAUCCCUGAAAACACCAACUUCCCUGCUGGCAUCGAGCCCCAAAGCAAUUACAUACCAGAAACGCCACCACCAGGUUACCUCAGCGAGGAUGGGGAGACCAGUGAUCACCAGAUGACCCACAGCAUGGACACAAGCUCCCCAAAUCUGUCCCCUAACCCUGUUUCACCCACACACAGUAAUUUAGACCUUCAGCCAGUGACAUACUGUGAGCCGGCUUUUUGGUGCUCUAUUUCUUACUACGAACUAAACCAACGAGUUGGAGAAACCUUCCACGCCUCACAGCCCUCCCUGACAGUGGACGGAUUCACAGACCCCUCCAACUCUGAGCGCUUUUGCCUUGGUUUACUGUCCAACGUCAACCGCAACGCGGCGGUGGAGUUAACGCGCAGACACAUUGGCCGGGGCGUGCGGCUGUACUACAUCGGAGGAGAAGUGUUUGCGGAGUGUCUCAGUGAUAGCGCUAUAUUUGUUCAGAGCCCCAACUGUAAUCAGCGUUAUGGUUGGCACCCCGCCACAGUCUGCAAGAUCCCUCCAGGAUGUAACCUGAAGAUCUUCAACAACCAGGAGUUUGCCGCCCUCCUGGCUCAGUCCGUCAACCAGGGCUUUGAGGCUGUGUAUCAGCUUACCAGGAUGUGCACGAUCCGCAUGAGCUUCGUCAAGGGCUGGGGAGCCGAAUACAGGCGGCAGACAGUGACCAGCACCCCCUGCUGGAUCGAGCUCCACCUGAACGGCCCUCUGCAGUGGCUCGACAAGGUGCUGACACAGAUGGGCUCCCCAAGCAUCCACUGCUCCAGUGUCUCCUAGGGGGAGCUUCCCUGCCCCCCCCCCCCCCCCCCCCUUUCACGAAACUGAAAACACAGAUAGGAAGAGCAGCCCGAGAACUACAUGAUGACACGCCUCUCAUCCAGCCACUGUUUGUCCCUCCUCGCUGCCAGUAGCACUUUUUUUAUUUUCUAGUUGCAAAAAGGGGACACGUGCAUUAAUGCAGUAUCAGUUUAGGAGGAUCUCAGCAUAUUGGUCUUUUUUCUUUUUUCUUUUUUUUUUUGAAGGUCAUUGUCAUUUUUGGCAUCUGAUAGCCAGAAAGGCAGAAUUAUUUUUUUAUUUCCUGUUUUUUUUUAAUGUCUUGUUUAUUGUUUAUAGCUGUUGGAUACAUUUUACACUCAAUUAUCUUUAAAAAACAUAGAAAAAAUAAAUUGUUGACAUUUUUAUGCGUUGUUGUUCCCUUUAAAACCCAUGUAAUUAUGAACGUUUACUUGACUUUGUUUGUCUUUUUGGGAUUUGACUGGUUAGGAAGACUUUAAUUUCACUUUUAAAUAUUGUAUAAAAGCGUUCACUGCAAACUUUGAUUACAUUUGUGAUCUAAACAGGACUGAGGGUCACUUUGAUAAGGAAAAUAGCCAGAUGUUUCACUACAGGUUAGUGUUUUAAAGAAAUAAAAUUAAACAGGAAAAAAAAAAAAAUCAAGGAAACAAUGUUUAAAUUUGAACUAACAAAAAUGUUACGCUGGAAGUGUAGUUGAUUGUAGUACUUUAUUGAGUAUUUAAAGUUGAUGGAAUUCAUCAAAAGUCACCAGGAGGAGAAUGUCCUCCUGAUGGGGAAAAUUUUAAACGGAUUUUGGUCAGAGCCCAGUGGAUGGAAGCGCUCGGCUCAUCAGGCGUUCGUUAAAAGAGCCUGCAUUCAUUUCAAGAGAAGCUUUGUAGAUUUACAAAAUACCUUUUCUGUCCUUUAUGGUUUUGUUAUAUAAUAUAUUGAACGUUUUGAAAAAGGACUUAAAAGCACACCACAUAUUGUACUAUUCUGAUUGUUUUCACAUGUGAUAAUGAGCACACACGUGUGGACAUGAUGUCAUCACAACGUUGAUCCUUUUUGUAAGCCAUACUGACUUUUUACACACAGGAUAAAGAAAACAAAUUGGAAAAAUAGAUAGAUGGAAACCAGUAGUAACAAGGAUCAAUGAAUUAACGGAGGUGCUUUGCUGCAAAGUAUUUUUCUGAUAAAGUAAGAUGAGAACUUUGUCCUCACCAAGUCCACUUUAUGCAUGAUGUGGUGAAUCAGCGCUGGCUGCUUUUCUACUGUUAGGCUGAUGACUACAAAGCACAGUGUUUUACAAAGGGAACUGUUUAUAGAUUCAUACAUGCAUGUAAAAAUCUGCUAAAUCACAUUUAACGUCUCCAUUUUAUAAGAAAAACGAAACAAGUGUUUGUACAUAAGCAGCUGUUUUAAAAUGACAAGAAAAACCUUUUGUUGUUUAGGUUUUUUUUCCAAGCAGGACGUCAAAAAUAAAGCAAAGCAGCGAUAAAAGCCGUCACUGAAAUAGAAAGCCGUAGUGGCGGCUUUGUUCCUUUUGACCCCCUGCUGCGGUGGAAGUGGACCGACUUCCCUCUGGUCUGAGCUUCAGUCGAACACUCAGCGGGUGAACACCAACAACAUUUUGAUUCCUUUGUUUUUGUGUAUUUUGGUCUCAGCUCUUCUCUUGAUGCUUUUGCCAGCCCACCAUUGCUGAGCGAUAAGAUGUUUGGAGUAACCGCAAAAGCCUGGCAUCCUGCCACAUGUCCGUCUGUUUUAAAGGAUGUCCAAUGGUUGCAGAUAUCUAUCAGUCAGACAGCUUUAGUGUCCUUAAACUUAGCAGCUCUGAUGAUGGGAUGUUUAACGCCCAUGCAUGGCUGUAGGGAAAGACAACUUCAUCGUUUUUUUAAGUCUAUAGUGUUCAUUUUCUUUCUCCUUGUUUCAUUUGAUCACCGGUAGUCAGGAAUUCUCCGAUCUGAAUUUGUCUUUUUUUAGAUUUUGAUUGUGAGAUAGUUUUUGCCUAAAAAAGUUAAUGCUUAUGUUGUGUAUUAAUGUUGGUCUCUUAAUAAAAUAUAUAACCUGUGGUUAAAAUA